UAAUUAUUUAUCCCAAUCUGUGUAUCACAAACCACAUUCAGCCUCAGUUAACUCAAACAUAGAACCAGCAAAAAGUACUUUCAAUUUUGAUAAAUUCAGUUUCAGUUUUCUGCAUUACAUUUUGGCCAGAGAUUCUUUCUCAGGAUGGAGGACUAUUCCCGAGAGCCAUGUCCCCAGCGCAUUGUCGACGACUGCGGUGGAGCCUUCGCCAUGGGCUGCAUCGGUGGUGGGGUCUUCCAGGCCCUGAAGGGCUUCCGGAACGCGCCGCAAGGCAUUGGGCGGCGGUUUGGCGGAAGCAUCACGGCCGUGAAGACCAAAUCACCGGCGAUAGCUGGAAAUUUUGCUGCGUGGGGCGUCAUCUUCAGCGUGGUGGACUGCAGUCUGGUCUACAUGCGACAGAAAGAGGAUCCAUGGAACUCGAUCAUUAGUGGAGCCGUUACCGGAGGCGUCCUGUCCGCCAGGAAAGGCAUGGCUGCCAUGACCGUAAGUGCCAUCAUUGGGGCCACCAUGCUCAGUCUCAUCGAGGGUGUGGGUAUCCUGUCCACUCGCCUCUCGGCGGAUCAUUUCCGGAAUGCUUCGCCGACAACUGUGGAUUCCUCGCCGGACUUUGCAUUUGCCGGUGUUGGGCAGGCCAAUGCCUCUGCUUAAAUUAAAGUUUUUUUGAAAAGUUUUUAGCUCAAAAACACAGAGUUUUGUAAGUAAAAAAAACAAAUAGAAAUCUUUAAAAAUUCAAUAUGAUAUGGAAAAUAAAUGUAUGUGUGCAUUUCAA